AUGAAACUUUUAAUAAUUUAUUACAAAAUCCCGCAACAGAAUUUUGUUCUGGGUGCGACCGGCAGUUUUUUAUGGGUUCCCGGUGUGGAGUUGGGCCAUUUUGUGACAAACUUGGAUUGCACGCCCAUCACCCUCAAAAUUGUCUAUCUACGAGACAAGGAGCCGCGGGAUCUCCAAAAGCUUUUGACGGAACAUGGAGUUCCAUUCAUGACUGAGCCACAUGAUUCAACAGAAGGACCUAAACAGUGCGUUGUCCAACUGCAGCGAGAAACAUCAGAAGGAUUGGUCGAUGAUGUCUGUUCCAACGAAGUUAAAGAAGGGCAGGCUGAACUUUGCAGGCUCCAUUAUGUGGAAUACCUUGCGGCCUUGAUCACGAAAAACGAUGUGGAUCCCUUGGAUAUCUUUAGCUCAGAUGAACUUGAAACGUUAAUACAAACGGCCAGCAUUCGGCGGCCAUCUCGGAAUCUUCCACCGAACGCACCUCUUGUGUCAUACCGCCGUAGACUACUUGAGGCACAUAAUCCCAACAAUUAA